AUCGAUCUAUCGAUCCAUCAAGGGCAUUAGAGGAUGGCGGUGAUCAAGAGCGGUCGCGCGACGGUGGUGGCUGGCAUCACGAUCAACACGCUGCUCGUGGUGCUCAAGAUGGGCAUGUUCCUCGCGUCCAACGUGAACGCAAUGUUCGCGGAUGCGGUCGACAGCAUCGUAGACGGGUUCGUGAUGGUGCUGGUCGUCGUGUUCCUCAAGUUCGACCUUGACGGGAAACUGACCUACCUACAAAUGGACAUGAUGCUUCUUUGUCAGUGGAGCACAGUGAUCAUGUUUCGGGUCGUCAUAUUCAUGGACCAACUCGGGGAUCUCUACACCCCCGAGCCCCGAACUCACGCAGGACCACUGAUCAUCACGUCUGCGAUCGCCAUGAUCGCCGCCAUCGCUAUUGCGCUUGUGUUUGUGGACGAAGACGACGUGAUCAAGCUAUUCAUUAGCGACGCGGAGAAGGCUCACAGGAAGCGGCGGCACCCAAAGAAGAAACGCACCGGCCCCAAGCGAUUCAAGCUCAUGCCAAUCUUUGCCGAGGCCGUGGACAACGUGGUCUCGUCGGCGGUGGCCCUUGUCAUUGGGGUGCUCAUGUACAACGAAGUUGCUCUAGACUACAUCUACCUCAUCGACGACGGGUCCAACAUGCUCAUCAGCGUCGUCAUGUGCGUCCUCGCGUACAACCAACUCGGAACCCUCGCCAACAAGUACGAGGGCAAGAGCUACUACGAAAUCGUGUUUCCCACUGACACAUCGCCGCUGCUUAGUGUGUAGUAAAGGGUAGUAUGCCGUAACAUGCGC